CCCUGCUUAAAUAUUCAUGAGCUGAGUGCCCUGCGUCCCCGUGCGUGAUGACGUAGCGCGACAAAUGCGGAUCCCGAUUGCUGCAGCCGCUUGUCAGUGUGACGAAGAUUGGCACCCAGGUCGUUUCCUGUUGCCUGCCCAUAUAAUGCCCCAGGGUUGGCAGUGGCCACUUUGAAUAUGAUGGCUGCACAGUCUGUGUCCAUAGACGAAUAUCAAGAGGGAGACCAGCAGAUGCAGGUCAUGGAGCAGUCAGAGAGUGACCUUGAACAGGGCUUUGCCAAUGGAAGCACAGGAAGCUCCAGCAGCCCUGUAUCCACUGAACCACAAACACAAAUGGAUGUCUACAAAUCCUGUAUAUAUAGACAUCCCCUCUUCCCUCUCUUAGCCCUGCUGUUUGAGAAGUGUGAGCAGUCCACUCAGGGCUCUGACUGCGUAACGUCUGCCAGUUUUGAUGUUGACAUUGAAAACUUUGUACGCAGUCAGGAGAAAGAUGGCAAAGCAUUCUUUAGUGAAGACCCAGACCUUGACAACUUGAUGGUCAAGGCCAUCCAGGUGCUGCGGAUUCAUCUGUUAGAGCUAGAGAAAGUUAGUGAUCUGUGCAAGGACUUCUGCAGCCGUUACAUUUCCUGCCUCAAGACCAAGAUGAACAGUGAGACACUACUGAGUGGAGAGCCAGGCAGCCCAUACUCUCCGGGCCACGACCAACUAUCGAACCCUUUCUCAAGUGCCCUCAGCCCCCAGGGUGUUGUGGCACCCUCACAUGGACUUCAACAAGGGAAUGUUACAGUGACAGCAGUCAAUCCAUCACAAAUGGUCGCAGGUAAUACAGUGUAUCAGCCAGUGACGGUAGUCACACCACAGGGACAAGUGGUGACACAAGCCAUCUCACCUGGAACAAUACACAUCCAGAACUCACAGCUCCAGCUUCAGCUCAAUCAGGACUUGAGUUUCUUUGGUGGAGAUGAUAACUCCCCUAAAAACAAGCGUGGUGUUCUCCCCAAACAGGCUACCAGUGUCAUGCGCUCCUGGCUCUUCCAGCACAUUGCGCAUCCUUAUCCCACUGAGGAAGAGAAAAAGCAAAUUGCAACUCAAACAAACCUGACUUUACUCCAGGUCAACAACUGGUUUAUUAAUGCUCGAAGACGGAUCUUGCAGCCAAUGCUGGAUGUCAACUCAGAGAUAGCCAAAACCAAAAAGAAGACCGCUCAGAGCCGCCCGCUACACCGCUUCUGGUCUGACUCCAUCGCCUCAACUGGAACCCAGCAGCAGCUCACAAUGCCAGACGGUAGUAUGGUUACAGUGGGGAUGAAUGUCGAUGGCUUCCAAGCGCUUUCAUCAGAUGGAGCAACUCUCGCCAUGCAGCAAGUCAUGAUGGGAAAUCACAGCGAGGAUGAAUCGGAGGAAAGCGGCAAUGAAGACGACGCAGAUUUGUCAUCUGCUAACAUGACUGGGCUGGGUUUAGAUGUUAGCGACUAAGACACCUGGAUCGCAGGUCACACACUGCAUGCUUACAUUUACAUUGGAAAACUUGCACAUGACACUUGUGGCAAGAUAUCCAGUCCCCUCAUAGACUUUCAGCAAAGCUGAUACUUGUGCACUACAAAAAAAGAAAUAAUUAAGAGUACUGUAUGUUGGCCUGUAUGUUACACAAACACACACGAACAGUUUACAGAGAGCACAACGUUACUGAAAGAUGCAGUGUGCGAGCUGUUGCAUUUCAGCACCUGUUUUUAUUGCGUAGACGUGCAGGUGCGUGCACUUUUAUAUAGAGGUUGCAACAAUGGAACGCAGAGGAAAGUUCUUAAGCUUCUUUAGUGAAUGUUUGUAAUGAUUUUGUUUUCUAUAUUAACUCAUUUGAAUGCCAAGAUUUUAAGAGUUUGUCGUCGUGCUGGUUUUAUUCACACUGCAUGUUCAUGUUCUCUUCAGUAUGGUCACGCUUGUAGAGAGGCUCCAAGACGGAGUUUGAGAAAAGAGAUUAUUAUUUUUAUAUAUGAACGUUGUAAAAAGUGUUGUUUUUUUCUUUUCUUUCUUUUUUUUUAGUUUGUGUUUUAUAGGGAAUAUUUAUGUACAGAAACUAUACUAUCUGCCCUGUUUUCAGGGGAUGACUUAAAAGUUUUUUAGAAAAAAACAAAAAAAAAAGAUGUUGGAUUAUAAACCAUUUCUAAAUAUGUAAAUUGGUUUUAACACACAUACAAAAUGCCUUACAUAUUCUUUUGUAAAACUAUACCGCUGAUAAGCACAGAAAGCCUGAUAUGUUGAUUAAAUUUAGUAAGAUGAGUUAAAUCAGUCUCUUCCAGUCAUCGUCAUCCAUAUGCUGAAGAUGUUCCUUCGUUUCAGAGGGACCUCCUUGUUUUUGCUCUGUAGGUUAAUGUAGUUCGAUCUAACAUGCACAAAGCUUCCCUUAACAAUCAGAGUUAUGAAAGAUGCUUUGGGAAUUAUGGCAUAAAAUGUCCAUAUGAAAGUCAAAUAAAGGUCAAGUCUGAGUAUUUUGCCACACCAUUUUACAUUAAAUGUUGUUAAUUGUGUGCUGUUUUUUUAAACAAUUAUUUAAGGACUGUCUGUAAACACUACAAUAGUAUAACAUAUUAAAGCCUUUACAAAGUUUU